UUAAGCAAAUUAUUUUUAAGUGAACAUCAGUAAAUGAACACAAUUAGCUACUACCAGAGCCAACAUUUAUGUUUUCAGCAUAAUGUUAUGAAAUUUUAAUGUCCUCUCAAAUUGUGGUCUUCUGAACAUUUUAAUGAACAGACUUGAACUCCUCAAUGCAGCUUUCUUUGGAAAAUUGAAGUUGAAAUCAACAGAUCCAGCUCUGAUGGUCCAGCUCUGCCAGGACACACCUUGGUAAAGAUCCAGCCCUGGAUGCUGAGUGGCUCAGGAGGAAGAGCCAGACCAACAGUUCCUCAUGCCGUGUUCUCUUCUACUGUGGAAAGAUGGUUCCAUAAAGAGAGCUCCAUAAUGGCAGUAGGUGACACGUUGGGACACAUUGGGGUCAGUCUUCUGCUGCUCUGGAUUGGGGUAUCUUUGUUUAUUUCUGGCCCCUCCCAAGUCAGUACUUCUCAGCAUUUCAUGUCCCCCGAAGUGGUGAUCCCCUUGAAGAUGACUGGAAGGAACAAAGGUGCAAAGGCUCCAGGAUGGCUCUCAUACAGCCUGCGGUUUGGGGGCCAAAGACACAUUAUCCACAUGAAGGUGAAGAAGCUGUUGGUUUCCACACACCUCCCGGUGUUCACCUACACGGAUCAGCAUGCCCUCCUCCAGGACCAGCCUUUUGUUGGGAAUGACUGCUAUUAUCAUGGAUAUGUGGAGGGGGCCCGUAAGUCCCUGGUUGUCCUCAGUACCUGUUUUGGGGGCUUUCGAGGAAUGCUACAGAUAAAUGACCUUGUUUAUGAAAUGGAACCAAUUUGGUUUUCUGCCACAUUUGAACACCUGGUAUAUAAAAUAGACAGUAAUGAGACAGAGUUCCCACCUGUGAGAUGUGGGUUAACAGAAGAAAUAUCACACAAAUUGGUGUUGCAAUUACCACCUAGAAAUACUCUCAAGCAAAGUUCUUAUAUGGACUGGUGGACCCACUGGCGGUUUCUUGAACUGGGAGUUGUUGUAGACCAUAUUAGAUUCCUUUUCUCCCAAAGUAAUGUGUCAAUAGUGCAGCACCAAGUAAUUAAUGUUAUCAAUAUAGUGGAUUCUUUCUAUUACCCCUUUGAGCUUGAUGUAAUCUUAACUGGAAUUGAGAUCUGGACUCAAAACAAUGAAAUUAUUACCAAUGUUGACUUAGAUGAUGUUGUAGUAUAUUUUGCACUUUGGAAGCAUAAUUACCUUGAUGCCCGGCUGCAUAGCGAUGCUACACAUCUUUUUAUAAGAGAUGUAAAUGUCUCAAAGCUUGGUGUUGCCUAUGUUCAAGGAAUAUGCCAGAAACCUUUUAAUUGUGGAGUUGAUGUGUUUGAAGACAACCAUUUAGUUCCAUUUGCAAUUACUUUGUCACAUGAGCUUGGUCAUAAUUUGGGGAUGCUGCAUGACACUGAAACAUGUGUGUGUGAGCUACAGUAUUGUGUAAUGUAUGCCUACAGAAAGUUGACAAAUAAAUUCAGCAACUGCAGUUAUUCCGACUACUGGAAUAAUACUUACAUUAAUGGAUUGUGUAUCUUUCCUCCUAUAUCAUCAGGGAAUAUUUUUAGACUAAACUACUGUGGAAACCGAGUGGUUGAAGAAGGAGAAGAGUGCGACUGUGGAAACAUCCAUCAGUGUGCGAAAGAUCCCUGUUGUCUGUUGAACUGCUCUCUGAGCCCUGGUGCUGCUUGUGCUUUUGGGAUGUGUUGUGAAGGCUGCAAGUUCAAGCCGGCGGGGACAUUAUGUAGACAACAAGCCAAUGACUGUGACCUUCCAGAGUGGUGCAAUGGGACAUCCCAUCAGUGCCCAAACGAUGUAUAUAUGCAGGAUGGAAUCUCUUGUACUGACAGUGCCUACUGCUAUAAAAAGUCAUGUAGUACCCAUGACAUACAGUGUAAAGAGAUUUUUGGCCAAGAUGCAAGAAGUGCAUCCCAGAGUUGCUACAACCAAAUCAACACCCAAGGAACUCGUUUUGGUCACUGUGAUAUUGGAGGCACAGUGUAUGUAAAAUGUUUGACCCCUGAUAUCAUGUGUGGAAGAGUACAGUGUGAAAAUGUAGGAAUAAUUCCCAAUCUAAGAGAACAUUCUACAGUGCAUCAAUUUCACUUCAAUGACACUACCUGCUGGGGUACUGAUUAUCACUUAGGGAUAGCCAUAUCUGAUAUUGGUCAUGUGAAAGAUGGCACAGUGUGUGGUCCAGGUAAGAUCUGCAUCCAGAACAAGUGUACCAGUAUGGUUCAUCUGCUCCAAUCCUGUCAGCCUGAUACCUGCAACGGGAAGGGGGUCUGCAAUAAUAAACAGCACUGCCACUGUAACCAAGGGUGGGCACCUCCCUACUGCAAGUACAAGGGCUAUGGAGGAAGUGUUGAUAGUGGCCCUGCUCCUAAGAAUGGAACGGAACACUCAUACAGGAGAAACUUGACUUACUUGUCACCAUUGCUUCUUAUUCCUUUGAUUGCUCUAUGUUUUUGUUGCUUCUUUAUAAUUUAUAAGAAACAAAAACGGCAAAAGAGAGUACAGGAAAAAGACAAAGAGGAAGAGGAAGAUAAAGAUGAAGAGGAAGAUAAAGAUGAAGAGAAAGAGAAAGAUUAAAGCUCAUAUGUCACUGUAAAAAUCUCUAAUUUUGUUUUAGCAG